AAUAAAGGAAGCAAAGACGUAGUUAUCGAGAGUUAGUAGCCUGCGUGUUAUCUGUGACAUCGUCGACUGCCUCCCACCGCCCUUUUCGCGUAGCCUUUAUGGCAAAGUCCGAAUUACCCGUGACGCCCUCCUCGCUGAAAGUGGGGCGCUCCCCCGCAGUCAAAGCUGGAGGUAUGAGAGUUUCCAAGAAGCUGGAGAAUGCACCUGUUGAAAGAAGUACUAAAAUCCCAGGGAGAGACAAACCUAGCUCUGUUAAUGUCAUCAAAAUGCAAAGCAUGAGUAUUCUGCUAGCAGAUGCACUGGAGAAACUCAGGCAUAAAUUUCCAGCAACAGCCUCACAAGUAACACAUCAAAAGCCACGACCCACUCUGGAGAAGAUUAUACUGCCCAAAAGAAUGUGCAUUAUUCAACAGCCUCGGAAAUGUUAAAGAUGUAGAGUAAAGUAUUCAUAUAUUUGACAGACUUGCUCUUAACAUAACAGCACUUAGCUAAGCAAGCAGUAAAUGGACCAAAUGGCUCCGGCAGUUUCUGCUUUGUAUUUUUCUUGCAAUACAAACUGUGUAUGUUCAGUUCUUCAUCCCACUCCACUCUUGAAAGCAUGUUUGACUCGUCUUUUUUUUGCAUAGUGCCUUAUUGUCCAUAAGACUCUUGUUUUAACAUUUACAAAACAUCUUGUCGAUCAGUUUGGAAUACACAAGCAGUCUUUCUCUAAGCCAUAUCCUUGGCAAGGUAGAUAUGUUCUCGCCUCUUUAUGUGUCUACUGUUGGAAUGUGGUCACACUGGAAAAAGUAGGAUGAUUGUGAAAUCUUUCUAACUUCUCUAGUGAAAUUGGCUGCUCGUUACUGAAAGAUCUUCACUGGUACAGUACACCAACAUGAACCAAGACAGAAUGAUGCCCUUUUUAACCUCUCAGAAUGAUAGAAUUCAGCCCUUGAAAAAACUAUCAAUGCAUCCUAAUCCCAGAUGUGUGAGAUCAGUCUAUGAUUGUAGUGAAGAACAUUAGCUUAUUAAUAGAAUAUUAGCUCAAUUUUCCUUUUUUAUCUUUUUGGUGUGUGUUUAAACUUUUCUGGAGUUGAACCUAUAAUGCUAUACUUUUAUUUGAGGGGUUUGCUAAUGUAUUAUAACUAGAAUGCAGUUGGCUGCUUUCAAAUUCAUCUGUGAUGACAUGAUGUUGGUUGGUAUUCCAACAGUGUUAGGAAAAUAGACUUUCUAAACCUUAAAUGCUUGCAAGGAAAACUUUUUUCUUACACUGUUAAGGCCAAUGGCUUCUGUAAUAUACAAUUUAGGGGCUGAGUUUAUUCACAGUAAUAGCAUAGUGGCUUGUAUGUGGGCUAACUUGUGAGGAACAGUUAAUUGGCAUAACCACUGCAGAACCGCCAAACUAUACAAACACCAUCUACAGGAUGAAGUUUGGUGUGAAUCUCAGGGGUUCUGUAUGACAGAUCUACCACUUGCCUGUAAAUUUAAUCCUCCACAUGCAAUAAAUAAUAUUUGCAAUCUA